AUGAAUUUUGAUCAGAAGGCUGUGAAAUUCCUGGCAAAUUUUUACAUCAAUGGAGGCAAACACUGGACCCGGGGACCCCUAAGUCAGAAACCUCUUCAUCCCACCCAGCCCAAGGCUGCUGUGCUGUGGUGGGACCAGGAGCUGGAGGCAGCCUGGGAUGAAAUGUGGCCCCCAAAGAAGAAGAGGGCCCCAAGUGGCUUCAGGUUAAGAAUGAGCACUCCCAAAGAGUCCACAUCUAUCUGCACAGGGACCCUGAGAGAGCUGUUGGUAGAGCGACGUCCUCCAAUCUUGACCGACUUGGAUAUCCCUGGCCCCACCAAAUAUGAGGUGCCCAGUGCGUCUCUGCGAGAGUCCUCUCCACACCCCCAUUUCACCAUCGGUUGCAAGUACUCUGGUCGAGAGGGUGGUGGCCGCAGGGCAUGGCAGACCAUGUGGCUCCAAAGUGAAACCCCCUUCAUACACAAGACCGACUUCAACAGAGAACGAAAGUGGCCAUCGCCUGCGGAGUACAAGCCGCUGAGCCAGCCUGCCAUCCCGGCCUUCAGCUUUGGAGGCUGCCGUGGCUCUGAUGUCAAGAUACCCCAGAGUCAUUUUCGCCCAGGGAUGCUCCGAGCUCGAGGUCCUUGUACCUAUACCCCACUCUUGGCCGACGACGACGACGCACAGCCCUCUGGCGAGAAGCGACCCAGCCCCAACACCUAUGACACCCUUCCUGGGCGCCGUCUGCAGAGCACACGUUCGCCUGCUUUCUCUAUGAGCCGCUCCCCUGUAUUUGCCUCCUGGAUCAGCUCCUCCCAAACCCCAGGUCCAGCUGCCUACUACGUGAAUGACAGCUACAACUCAUGCUACCCAUCUCCACCUGGGGUACUCAUCCAAGGAGUGCGCAGACCCAAGCGCCAUGACACAGGCCCCUUCAGCACUCUCUAG